AAAUAAUUGUACACAUGUAAAUAUUGCUACAAAAGUGUAUACAUAUGUUUGGAAACAAAACAAUGAUAAAAUGUGUGCGGAAUGAAAAAUUCUGUGCGGCACAUGAUGUAAUAGACUAACAAACCAAUGAAGUUCCAAAUAAUUGUUGCAGAAAACUGCUGUUAUUUUAUAUCGAGGGGAAUUUCUGAACAAUUGCAUCCAAAAAGAGUAAACUGAAGAGUAAAAUAAAGUCACAAAGACACAGGUCAUGUCCACACAGUCUAACCGCUCCCAGGUAUCUUGACUUGAUCUAGAUUCUAGAAGAUCACAGAAACAGAAGUGUGCGCUUGGAUGUGUGCUCAGGAUUGCUUGUGUGUCUUUGCACAGGGGAAGUUGACAGCUCAGGGAAAGUUAUUGCAGCAGGACACGUUCUUUGUGACAGAGCAGGACUCUGGCGUCCUGUCCCGCAGUAAAGAGCGCAGAGUGUUCCUCUUCGAACAGAUCGUCAUCUUCAGCGAGCUGCUUCGGAAAGGCUCGUCUACACCAGGGUACCAGUUUAAAAAGAGCAUCAAGGUGAACUUCUUGAGCUUGGAGGAAAAUGCCGACAGCGACCCCUGUAGGUUUGUGCUGUUAUGUCGUGGUUCAUCUGAACGACUGACGUUACAGGCCGCUAACAUCGACAUCAAGAAAGAGUGGGUCCAAAGCAUCCAAAAACUACUGGACAUGCAGAUCAAUUUCCUCACCGCUCUUCAGAACCCACAGGAAUACCACAAGAAAGAGAGCGGAGGAUCUUUGACCAGGCAGCUGUCCAAUAGCAGCCGUUCCUCAUCCUCUCACCCCUCCACCCCCCUCAAACCCAACACCGCCCCCAAUGGAAGCCCCGCCCACAACCCCAAUAAACAUGCAGAGGAGCUGGACGAGGGGGAGUGUAACGGCCUGUCUUCGGUGCUAGUGCUGCAGGAUUACAAUGCCGUGAAGGAGGACGAGAUCUGCGUGGUGGUUGGUGAGACGGUGCAGAUCCUGGCAUCCAAUCAGCAGAACAUGUGCCUGGUUUACCGACCUGCAAACAGCCAAUCACCUGCUGCAGAGGGCUGGGUACCGGGUCACGUGCUAUCCUCGACUCGGUAAAGCCACGCCCCCUCAACGCCUCCGAAUAUAUAACCACUACUCUCGUUCACCCUUCAGUUUCACCAGCCUACUCUGGGAAAGCUUGCUGACACAUGCCACUCGACCUCCUGUUAAGCUACAGAACAGGAAGUCCCGCCCCUUUCCCGUCUGCCGUACAGUUGAGGACUACAGAUGCACGCUAUGAAAAACGGUGCGGCUUCACCUCCCAUAGUCGAUAUGGGGGGGAAAAAAAGAAAACAAUAGAAAAAAGGAAUUUUAAGAAAAUAUAUUAUAUUGCUAAUAAUUUAAAAAAAAAAUGAUUGUGUUGUAUAGAGAGGAAACCGAGGUGAAUUUGUCAGUGAAUUACGUGUGGAUGUGUAUGGAUCUUAACGUCAUCCUUUCUCAUCAACGCAAUCCCAUUACGCGCAACGGACUGUUUUCUAAUGGGGCUCCCCCUUUUUCCCCUGUCUGUCUAUGCCAAGUCAUUUGCACACUGUGUAUAUUUUCUUUCACUGAGAUUUUUAUUUUUGGAAAGGUUUUUUUUUUUUUUUUCUCUCCCAAGUGUCUUAUUUUUACAGCUGUUAGGCGUGGCAGAUUUAUUAUUUUCUUUCAGUUCUGUCAAGCAGUUCAGUGUUCUGUACAAAGUAUUCUGCACUUUUCCAACAAAUAGUAUCGCAAUGACGGCAAGUUGUGGAAUAUCACAAUUGUCACAAUGCUCAUAACUGUACUUGUAACUAAAGAUUUAAAUGUAUUAUUCUGUAUCAUUUUAAAUUUGUACAUAAUAUUUUUGACAUUGCCAUAAUAGAUACACAGCAGAGGAAAACCCUCUAUUCCUGUCAGGCUAAAAAACAACUAAAAAAAAAAAAAAAAAAAAAACGAAAUCCUGGUAGUCAGCACUGCCUCCAAAACCUGACCCUCUGAUUUUUACAUUUGACAUCAUCAGAUUUAGUAUGUAAUAAGUUAUCAUCUGAAUCAUAUCAGACCAGAUGUUUACUCAAAUUAGUCGAUUUAAAAAUGGAUGUUGUUGAUUUCUGAAGAGUAGUUUCUGCUGUCAGCGUCUCAGAAAUACGUGUAAAUAAACAUACAAAAAAAACUAAUUCUAGCAGGUAUUUCACUUGUUAAACUGGAAUGUUGUUCAUAAUAAAGCUGGCAAUUUUUCAUCUUGGA